UUGUUUUGAAGUCAACUGAAGUAUUUACAGAGAAAUAGUACUCCACGAAUGUCGACGUUGUAAGCCUCAGCCUCACUACGAAUUCUCGUGUGUAUAUAUACUCUUGUGUAUAUAGUAUAUAUAUACACACACACUCGCAUUUCUUCUACGGAGAUAGAGAGAGAUUUGAAAAUGGCGAAGGACAAGUAUAUCGUGGAAGUUGAGCCAGGGAAGCCUGCCAAGGACGGAAAGCCGUCGACCGGACCGGUUUAUCGGAGCAUUUUUGCUAAGGAUGGUUUUCCGGCUCCGAUUCCCGGACUUGACAGCUGCUGGGAUAUUUUCCGUUUGUCGGUAGAAAAAUAUCCCAAUAACAAGAUGCUUGGUCGCCGUGAAAUUGUCAAUGGGAAGCCAGGUAAAUACUUAUGGAUGACUUACAGAGAGGUGUACACCAUAGUUGUUAAAAUUGGUAACUCCAUCCGCAGUAUUGGCAUCGAGCAAGGAGGACGUUGUGGAAUCUAUGGUGCCAAUUCACCUGAGUGGAUUAUGAGUAUGGAGGCAUGUAAUGCUCAUGGACUCUAUUGUGUCCCUCUGUAUGACACGUUAGGGGCUGGGGCAAUUGAGUUCAUCAUCUGUCAUGCUGAAGUCACACUAGCCUUUGUAGAAGAGAAAAAGAUCUCCGAGCUUUUGAAAACAUUUCCAGGUGCAGCAAAUUACUUGAAAACAAUUGUAAGCUUUGGGAAGGCUACUCCUCAACAGAAGGAAGAAGCUGAAAAAUAUGGGGUGACUAUGUAUUCUUGGGAUGAAUUUUUGUCACUGGGAUCAAAUAAGGACUUUGAACUUCCAGUGAAAAAGAAAAGCGACAUUUGCACUAUAAUGUAUACUAGUGGUACCACUGGAGACCCCAAGGGAGUCAUGAUUUCUAACAACAGCAUUGUCACUUUGAUAGCUGGAGUAAAACGCUUAUUAGAGAGUGUCAAUGAAUCGUUGACCAUAAAUGAUGUGUAUCUAUCAUACCUUCCAUUGGCCCAUAUCUUUGAUCGUGUUAUUGAAGAGUGUUUCAUUAAUCAUGGGGCUUCAAUUGGAUUUUGGCGUGGGGAUGUAAAGUUAUUAACUGAAGAUAUAGUGGAGCUUAAGCCAACAAUUUUCUGCGCAGUUCCCCGCGUAUUAGAUAGAAUUUAUUCAGGUUUGCAACAGAGGAUAUCCGCAGGGGGUUUCAUUAAAAAAACCAUGUUUAAUCUUGCUUACUCUCUGAAACUACGUCAUAUGAAAAAGGGUCAUAAGCAUGCUGAGGCAGCUCCACUGUGUGACAAAGUUGUCUUCAGCAAGGUAAAGCAAGGUCUUGGGGGUAAUGUAAGGCUUAUCUUAUCCGGAGCAGCACCUCUUGCCUCCCAUGUAGAAGAGUAUCUGAGAGUUGUGACAUGCUCUUAUGUUCUUCAGGGAUACGGCUUGACGGAAACUUGUGCUGGUACAUUUGUUUCAAUACCGGAUGAGUUGAAUAUGCUGGGCACAGUGGGACCUCCAGUGCCUAAUGUGGAUGUUUGUCUGGAAUCUGUUCCUGAAAUGGGAUACGAUGCACUUUCGAACAAACCACGUGGAGAAGUGUGUGUAAGGGGGGAUACCCUGUUUUCUGGGUACUACAAACGCGAAGACCUAACCAAAGAAGUCUUUGUUGACGGCUGGUUUCACACAGGUUACUAUCGCAAUGAUCAUAUGGGAUUGGUCUCAAGUCCUAAUUUUGUUUUCUUAUUCCCAGAAAUCUUGUUUUUUGUAGGUGAUGUUGGUGAAUGGCAGGCAGAUGGCAGCUUGAAAAUUAUUGAUCGUAAGAAGAACAUUUUCAAACUCUCACAAGGAGAAUAUGUUGCAGUAGAGAACUUGGAAAACAUCUAUGGUCUAGUUUCUGCCAUCGACUCGAUAUGGGUGUACGGGAACAGCUUCGAGUCUUGCCUUGUUGCUGUAAUAAACCCAAGCAAACAAGCAGUGGAGGAAUGGGCUGCACAGAAUGGUGAAUCAGGGGACUUCGAGACCCUCUGUGAAAAUCCCAAAGUAAAGCAAUACUUUGUUGGAGAGCUUGCAAGGAUUGGAAAAGAAAAAAAGUUGAAGGGUUUUGAAUUCAUCAAAGCUGUCCACCUUGAUCCAGUUCCAUUCGACUUGGAACGAGGCCUUAUCACGCCAACGUUCAAGAUUAAAAGACCCCAGAUGCUCAAGUACUACCAGAAUGCUGUUGACGACAUGUACAAGAGCUUGAAAUAAGCAGACAUCGUAUGAUGAAGGAAAGACGGUAAUAUUAUGAAAAUCCCAGUCCCAGAGCGAUGACUGAAAUUAACUUUAUUUGGACUGUGUAUAAAAUAUUCCUUGAAUUUUAUUUAUCCUUCUACUCUCUCUGCUCAAUGUAAUAUCCGGAUCCUUUCUUUUUCUUCCACCUGACUUAUAUCUUGAAUUUGAAUGCCAGUCACUACUUGUUUUUUUAGUGUGAAAAAAUUUGUGGUGUUGCUCUUAGUAAUGAAAUACUACUACCUUUGUCAAUGAAUAAGGCUCAUAUUAUUUUAAAUAAA